GAAGAAGACGCCCAAGACACCGAUGCAGACGGUUUGGCCUUCACCGACCUCAGUCAGGUCUCCUCCUCCUUGUCCUCCUUCUCUUCCCCACUUCCACCACCACCCAGCCCUCCGCGUGUCCAGGCGCAAAACUCGAAGCCACUUUUGGCCUGUGACCGCUUCAGCACCACCUGUUCCACACGGUUCCAAUCCAGCCUCUUCUUCACACAUGCCGCGUAUGCUCUUUUGACCAUUAGUGAAAAGGUUUCUUUGUUCCCCUUGUCAGGUAAGUGGAAGUCCAUUGGGGUAUCCGUCUCUGGUAGUCUUGAUGGCGUGGAACUUCGGUCCUCUGAGAACUGCAACAAUGAAAACAAGCAAAAUAGCGCCAUUGAGAAAAGACCGGAAGAAGAAGAAGAAAUUUUUGCUCGUCUGGCUGAACUUCGGCGGCGCAAUGACCUUCUGCCGUUGCAUUUACGCACCAACUAUCCAGUCGAAACUCAGGUCUGUAAUGCCGUCGUGGGUUUGUUGAUGAAGUUAGCGCUUCUAGACUUGAAUCAAUCCUGGAACUAG